GCUAUUAUUGGUGGUUCUUGUGAUUCUCAUGGGAUCCCAUGACUCCACUCCUAUCCCUGACGAUCUCCAGAAGGUAGAGGAAUCCUUUGUCCAGAUCUUAGGGCAAUCCAAUCACGUUCUCUCCUUCGCUCGCUUCAAUCACAAGUAUGGGAAAAAGUAUCAGCAUGCGGAGGAGAUAAAGCACCGUUUCUCGGUGUUCAAGGAGAAUCUUGAUUUAAUCAGAUCCACCAACAACAAAGGCUUAUCUUACAAACUCGGUGUGAAUAAAUUUGCUGAUAUGACAAAAACAAUACACGUGUCUACAUUGUAUUGGUAAUUUCUUGACGGCCUUACCUCUCUCAUCCAUCUGUAAAUCGAACUCU